AUGUCCAAAAUUGACCGUCUGUCGAAAGAGUAUGUGUCGGAUUCCGAUUCCGAUGAUGAGGUAGUCGCCAAAUACCAACCCCCAUCUGAUUAUAAGCAAUGCAAGCAUCUUAAGAGUUUUCCAGUCUCUGAGCUUAAGGGUGACAACAAAGAGCUUUGGUUGCUAAAAGUUCCAGCCAACAUUGACAUCUCCCAGUUGAAGAGUCUUCCAUUGGAUACCGAUGCUACAGUCUCCACUGUAGAACUUGGAAGCAAGAAUUUCAAUGUUCUUCAAAAUACAUCUACUCAAGAAGGAUCUGAUAACACAAACUUGUCCCUACUGAUACCUAGUGAGAAGAAGAAGGAAACUCUGAAGGUUGCGACAUCGAAAGAUAAUAAGAGUGUAUAUUUUGACAGAGUUUUCACCAUAAGUGAAACAGCAAGAAUCCCAAGCAUUGAUAUAGAAAAGGUUAAGGUACCAAGAAAAGAUGUUCCAAAGGUAGAAGGUUUAAUUACCAGACACUUUGCAACUGGUUACGAUGCAAAGGAUUUUGGAAUCGAAGAAGUUGUUGCACCUAAGAAACGUUCAAAGUCUGAUGCCGAUGAGGAUAUCUCUAGACACAACCAUGAAUUGACAGAAUCACCAAGUAAGCAUAAGAAGCACAAGAAGGAAAAGAAGGAGAAGAAAGAUAAGAAGGAUAAAAAGGAUAAAAAAGAUAAAAAGGAUAAAAAAUCAAAGGACAAGAGUAAAUGA